AUGUCCGUCCGGUGGGAACCGUCGGCAUCGUCGGGCAAGGGGAGUGCGAACGAUCGAGUCGGAGGUAGAGCUCGGUCCGGUAGUCACCGACGGCGGGAUGAUGCGGGCGAAGAGCACGAAAUCGCCCUGCUGGCCACCGGCCGGACGAGCGAAGCAGAUGGCGAUCACUCGCGAUCGCGGAAUCUUCGGGGCACCACGGUGCCGGUGGAAAAGACCGAAGACCGCAGGUCUUCCGGUUGGUGCCCGGUAGCGGAAGUCGAGGACGACCAGCUCAGCGACACCGAAGUGGAGAGUGACACGGAGGAGGGCUCCUUGCUGGACGAGGCCAGCGAACGGCGGCUACUGGGCAACGGAAGCCCAAGAGUGAAAAUGAUCACGUCUAAAAACUCUGCCAACGAACCGUCCGCAGCGACCGCCACCCACCACCACCACCAGCCAGUCGUCGAUCCGGACACUGGCGCGAUGCACAUCACCCUCAACCCCUCCGCCGCCACCAGUCCGACCGCUGGUGGCCGGCAACCCGCGUCGCCCUCGGCCAGUCCGUUGCCGGCACCGAAAAGGGCACCACCGACGACGAUGGUCGAGAACAGUCAUGCCGGCGGCGGAAGUGGGGACCGAAGCAACGACAGCGGAAGUGGCACCAACAACAACAACAACAGCAGCAGCAAACCCAGCAACAGGAAGGACGCGGCGGGCAAGGGCGGUGGUGGCAAGAGCCCGGCGAAACGCAAAAGCUCGGACGAGGAGAACGACAUCAUCGGUGAACUGAUCGGCGACUACGGCAAGUGGCAGUUCGUGAUGACGUUCCUGCUGUCGCUGUUCCAGGUGCCGAACACGUUCCACAUCUACUCGCCGACGUUUCAGGCAGCAGAUAAAAGCUACUGGUGCCGGCGGCCCGAGCAUUUGGGCAACGUGUCCACCGACCGGUGGCGUAACGUGUCGGGUUCGCAGGAAAAUUGCCGGAUGCUGAGCUACGACUGGAACGCGCUAACGAGCACCCAGCUGUCGCUGAGCAACUUCUCGCUACCGAUGAACCUAACAGACACGGUGCCGUGCGGUUCCUGGGAGUUCGACCCGUACGACAACCUCGGCAACACCUGGUCGUCCGAGUGGAACCUGGUGUGCGACAAGGAGUAUCUGAAGAACGUGGCCGAGAUGUUCUUCCUGGCCGGUGUCGCCACUGGCGGCAUCACGAGUGGCGUCCUGUCGGAUCGCUUCGGCCGCAAGAUGAUGCUCUUCAUCUCGGCCGUCCUGCAGUCGAUUUUCGGGCUGGCGCUGUAUUUUGCCGACUCGUUCGAGUUCUACCUUGUCCUGCGGGCCCUGCUCGGGAUCGUGUCGGUCUCGGUGACGUACGCCGGCCUGAUCCUGGCCAUCGAGUACGUCGACGGCAAGUGGCGCACCAUCGCCGGCAUGUACAACCUGUUCCCGCUACCGGUCUCGUACAUCAUGAUCUCCGGCAUCGCCUAUCUCACGCAAGACUACCGGAACCUGCAACUGUGCAUCGGUCUGCCCGGCGUGUUCCUCUGUCUUCUGUGGUUCGUGCUGCCGGAGUCACCGCGCUGGCUGCUGUGCAAGGGCCGCAUCGCCGAGGUGAAGGACGUGGUGCGUAAGGCGGCCGCCUUCAACCGGCGUCCGUUGCCGGAGAACCUGGACAAGCUGCUGAAACCGCCCGUGAACGAGGAGGACACGGCGGCCGGCGUCUGUGAGCUGUUCCGUUCCAAGUACCUCCGGCUGGUGACGUUCUGCUUUCUGUGCAUCUGGUUCACGAUGAAUUUGGUCUACUACGGGCUGGUGCUGAACAUGAACAGCUUCGGGGGCAACAUUUAUCUCAAUUCGGCCCUGGCGGGAGUGGUGGAGAUUCCUGCGAUUGCCCUCGCGAUGUACAUCAUCAAUCGGACCGGCAAGAAGUGGCUGUUCUGUGCCACGUUCUUUGCCGCCGCCCUGGCCUGCCUGUGUGCGGCGAUCGUCGAGGGUAGGCCGGAGUUUUUGGCGAUGAAGAUCACGUUCGUUAUGAUCGGUAAAUUCACGAUCAGCGCCGGAAACACCAUUAUGCCGGUGUACACGGCCGAACUGUACCCGACGGCCAUCCGGAACGUCGGUGUCGGGGCCUGCAACCUAGCCGCUGGAUUCGCGCUCGUCCUAACGCCCUACCUAUCGAUGCUGACCAAAAUCGAGGAUCACCUACUGAUGACGCUGCUGACGGCGUGGUGCAUUUUUGGUGGCGUUGUGAUCAUCUUCCUGCCGGAAACGAUGCAGCACCACGAGCACGAGGAUCGCGAAGAAGAGAAAGAAAUCGAUACGCAGUUGACAGCCUAG